AUGAGGGGCGCCUCGCCGCCGCGCUUCCCCGCCCGCGUGUCUCUCUCUUGGUUUCACUUCGAGCCUCCGCAGCGCUGCAGGCAGCUGUGUCUGAAGUGCUGUUUUGUUUUUGCUGCUGCAGCAGCACUGUGGGGUUUCUUUGCUGCUAUCAAGUCUCUCGUGGGCUCCUUCUUGCUCAGCAGCGCAGCAUGUCUUUGCUUCUUUGCUGCUGCUGUUUACUCCCUCACUCUCGCGCUGGCUUUCCCCGGCAGCAACAGUAUCUUUCAAUGGUACAUGCAGCAGCAGCUCGCAGCAGAAGCAGCUGAUGAUUUGCUGCUGCGCCUGCGGCCCCUCGAGCUGCUGCUGCUGCACCUCCUUGCUGCUCCCGUUCCCGGCCUUUCUGAAGAAGCAAAAGCUGCUGCCAUCAGCUCUGCUGCUCCCUCCUGUCUUUCCCGCUCGCUCCCCAGCAGCAGCAGCAGCAGCAGCGACAGUGACACGAGCAGCAGCAGCAGCAGCAGCAGCAGCGGGCUCCUCUCCCUGUUGAGCUCAGCUGACGCUGUGCAGAGCAGCAGCUUGUUUGCAGCUGAAGAAGGAGAUGUGAAAGAAAGUCUUUCAGAUUGCUGCUUCUUAUUGUCUUCUCAUCUUCUCGCCUUUCAGUCUCUUCACCUCAAGGCCGACGGGCUGCUGCAGCAGCGUGCUGCAGGAGCAGCAGCAGCAGACGCAGACGCAGCAGCAGCAGAAGCGGCCGGGGAGCAGCUGCCGGGAUGGAUGCAGCAGCAGCUAGACAGAUGCAGCUUAUCCUGGCUGCAGGAGGCCACUGCCUUUUCUAUUGCUUCUCUCCUUGCGCAGCUCUUCGACAUUUGCGUCACUGCAGCAGCAGCGGGAGCAGCAGCAGCAGCAGCAGCAUCUUCCCGACGCGCUGCAGCUGCUUCCUCUGCAGCAGCUGCUGCUAAAAGAGGAGCAGCGGAGCAGCAGAGCUACCGCCUGGUGCAUGUGCUGGGCUUGCCGCACCCUUCAGCUGCAGCAGAAAGCAAAGCAGCAGCAGCAGCGCCAGCAGCAAGCAGCAGCAGCAGCAGCAGCUUGUGGGGCGAGAGCAGCCAGGAGGUAACGCUGCCUCUUGCUGCUCUGCAGCUUGCCGCUGCAGAGGACGUGCGUGCAUGCGCUGCUGCACUGCAGCAGCUGCAUGCAUUGGUGCUGCUGCUGCUGCCAUUCCAGAGGUCCAGUCAGCAGCACCGGCGGCAAGAAGCGCUGCAGCUGCAGCAGCAAUGGUCACCUCUCUCCCGGCUCGUGCUGCUGCUGCUGCGCUGCCUCGUGCCCCCCCCGCUGGCUUCGCUGCCGCUGCUGCAGCAGCAAGCAGCAGGUGUGUGGGGCCUGCAGGGAGAUGCAGCAGGAGUUGAGGUUUGGCUGCCGGUGCUGCAGCACAGCCGGCGAGCCCACUUUGCUGCUGCUGCGGCUCGGUCUUGUGCUGCAGCAAAACGGCUCGUGGUGCGCUGCUGGGGCCGCUGCAGCAGCAGCAGCAGCAGCAGGGUCUUCAACCUCCAGCAGCAGCACUCGGCUUUGCUGCAGCACCCGGCCGACGACUCUCUGACCCUGCAGCCCAGGGCUGCUGCUGCUGCUCCCUUGCCUCGUGCUGCUGCUAGCUGCGCUGCGAAAGGUGCAGCAGCAGCAGCAGCAGCAAAACGUCUGCUGCUGCCAGUCUCGCGGCUGCUGAAGCCCCCUCCCCCGAAGCAGGUGUAUGUACAGUGUCUCUUCAUCCCGGCCCCGGGGACUCACUGGCUGCUGCCAGCUAGCUGCUGCUGCAGCGCAGCAGCAGCAGCUGCUGCUGCUGAGAUGCUGCCUUACGACUUCUGCUUCCCUCCGAGCCGCUGCCGCCACUGCCCUCCAGCCGGCGCCCCUGCAGAUGCAACGCAGCAGCAGCAGCAGCAGCAGGAAGCGCAGCAGCAAGAGGCAGAGCAGCUGCUGGCAGCAAAUGGCAGCCGCUGUGCUGCAGUGCGCGCUGCGCUGGCCGAGGGAUUCUUGUGCCGCCUUGCUGCUGAAGCAUCUCAGCUGCAAGCAGCAGCAUUUUCCCUGCUGCUGUGUUUAGCGAAGCAGUAUCUUGCUGCUGCUGCUGCUGCUGCAGCAGCAGCACCUUUGAGGCCUGAAAGCAGAAUGGGAGGCUUCGCGCGCCGGCUUCAGGUUGUCGACGACAGUGCGCACCAGCAGCAGCUGCAGCAGCAGAAGCAGCAGCAGCAGCGAGCACAGCCUCAACUUGCGGCUGCUGCUCUCAUGAACUUCAGUUUGGCUGCAGCAACAGCCGCAGCAGAAGCAGCGAAGCAGAGAGCCGUGCAAUCCGUGACCUGCCUUUACACGCGCUGUUUCGACUCGCAGCAGCAGGAGCAUGAGCUGCUGCUGCAGCAGCACAGCAGCAGCAGCAGCAGCAGACAAAAGUGUACGCAUGAGACUCUACUUGCUGCAGAGAACACCAAGGGGGUGCCUUCGCCCUCUCUGCGUUUCGUGUGCGGCUGCCGCGGCCCAGGCCAGCUGGCUGGAGGCAGCACACCAGCAGCAGCGGGAGCAGCAGCAGCAGCAGCAGCAACAGCAACAGCGGCAGCAGGCGGGAUCUCUAUAGGGGGGGACGUGGUGCUGAUGUUCAACCCUAACGCGGGGGCCCUCGAGAUGAUGGUUGCUGGCAGAGACCCUGAAGUAGAGUGUUACUUGAACAGGGGUCUCAGCGUUUUAUGCUUCAACUACCGCGGCUGCUCGUCUUCGGGCGGCAGCAUUUCUCUCUUUAAUGUUCUCGCUGAUGGUUUUUCUCUUUACAAGUUCCUUGGCUCUCUUGCGGUCAUCUUGAGUCUCUGUGUCUACGCUGCUGGUGUGCUCCCAGCACCUGCAGCAGCAGCAGCAGUUGCUGCAGCAGCAGCAGCAGCUGCAGCAGCUGCACCAGUUGCAGCAGCUGCAGCAGCAGCUAACCCAAUACGUUACUGUCGGGCUCUCUGUUUUGCAGGCGCUCGAAGAGCGGCUCUUCACGGCCGGUCUAUUGGGGGGCUUCCAGCGGCCUAUACUGCGUGUCUGUCACAAACGCUGCACGGGCAGCAGCAGCAGCAGCAGCAGCGGCAGCAGCAGUUUCUGCUGCAGCCCCAGCAGCAGCAAUUUGCGGUUGCUGCCGCAGCCGCCACCCCAAGCUGCUGCUACAGCUCUUUGUUUUCGCGGGAGAUCAGCGGCAACAGCACCGCCAGCACCGCAGCUUGUAGCGUCAUCCGCAGCAGCAGCGAAUGCAGCAGCAGCAGCAGCAUCAGCAGCAGCAAUAGCAGCAGUAAGCUUGCACCUGUGAGCCUGCUGUGCAUUGACAGGAGCUUUGCAUCUCUAGAAGCAGCAGCAGCUUCUCUUUUCGGCUGGUGGGCAGCAGCAGCAGUCCGAGCAACGGCUGCUGCCACUGCACUAGCAGCACCGACUUGGUGCAGCAGCAGCAGCUGCAUCAGCAACUGCAGCUGCAGCAGCACCACCAGCUGCAGCGAAGCAGGCGACCCCCCAGAGCAGCACACGUGUUGCACACGAUCGGGGGAGCUGCUGAUGCUGGAGGCAGGUGAGAGCAGCAGCAGCAGUAGCAGCAGCAGCAGCAGCCGCAGCAGCAGUAUUCUCGUUCCUUCCAGCUUCUCUGCGGCUGCAGCAGCGGCGGGAGCUCCAGAAGCCUCAGCAGCAGCGGCAGCAGCCUCCGCAGCAGCAGCAGCAGCAGCAGCAGCAGAGUGCGCAGCAGGGGCCUGCUCAGCCUCAGCCUUCAGGGCUGUGAGAUUUGCCAAAGUGCUGAUCUAUACACCUCAAGACGAAAUAAUAAGCGAUGCUGCUUCUCUGAAGACUGCAGUGGCGAGGCAGCUGCUGCCCCGCGUGCUGCAGUCCCUGCACGAGCUGCUGCUGCAGCGCAGCAGCAGCAGAAGCAGCAGCGGUAGCGCCUACGCGGUUUCCACUGCUGCUGCUGCUGCACAGCCGCUGCAUGCAGCUGCCAAAGCUGCCAGUCAAAGGGAAACUCCCCUGCAGCAGCAGCAGCAGCAGCUGGAGCUGCAGCCAGGCGCAGCAGCAGGAAGCAGCAGCAGGGUGUCUUCUGCUGAAGCAGAGGAAACACACUACUUCGGCUGCGUCGCUGCUGCUUGGACCUUCCUGGGCCAAUCUCUUCUUCUUGCUGCUGCUGCUGAGGACAGCGCUUCGGGCCUUGAAGCGCCGCACCACUAUUCCAUGCUGCAUGCGGCGUUCCAAGCAGGCGCAGAAGCAGCGGCAGCAGAAGCAGCAGCAGAAGCUGAUGGUUCCCCCCUCGACCCCUGCCAGGAGCAGCAGCGGCAGCUGCAGCAGCGGCUGCAGCAGCUGCAGCAGCAGCUCUGCGGGGUCUUCAGCAAAACUUUAAAGGGAGCCUAUCGUCUCAUUAAGGCAUCGCCGCCUCCAGAGGAAAGGGAAGUGCUUUCUCUUGCGGAGGAUUCCCAAGUAGAGCUUGUUUUAAGUAGUAGUAGUAGCAGCAGCAGCAGCAGCAGCAGAGGAUUUGAAGUUGCUGCUGGCCGCGCACCCGCUGGCGUUUUUGCUCCGUCUUUGCCGCGGCAGCUACUUGCUGCUGCGGGCUCAAUAGGCCACCGCUGCCGCCGCAGCAGCAGCAGCAACGUAGCAGCAGCAACAGCAGCGGAAGUGCAGCAAGUGCUGCUGUUCUGGCUGUCACCUCUACAGAAUGAUCUUGCGGAUGUGGCAGGGACACUGGGGGGGCUGCUGAAUGCCGCGGGGUGUUUGCUGGGGUCUUCGCUGCAGCGGGCAGCAGCAGCAGCAGCAGCAGCAGCAGCAGCGAUUCCGGCCACAGGAGGCGGAGCAGCAGCUGCAGCACACCUAAAGGACUUCUUCUGCAGCCUUUACCUGUGGGGUUGCGUUCCAACAACUCACUUGCUCGGAGCUGCGGCCUCUAUAACAGCAGCAGCAGCAGCAGAAAUGGUGCAGCAGCUGCUGCAGCAGCAGCAACAACUGCCGCAGGAACCGCUGGAAGCGGAGCAACUGCAGCAGCAACUGCUGAAGCCCUCAGUAUGGCUACAGCUGCUCCCCUUCUUGCGAGGAGAUAUCCUUAGGGAUUUGCUGCUGCUGUCUCUAUUCAAGGCCAAGCUGCUGCAGCAGCAAAUUCAGCCGCAGCAGCAGCAACAACAGCAGCAGCGGGUGUCGCAACUGUUUGCUGCGGCUGUGAAGACUGCCGAAGCUGCGCAGCAGUUGCCUCCCACAUCUGGUGCCCCCGCAGCAGCAGCAGCGGCGCAGCAGCUGCUGCAGCUCAUCUCUGAGCAGCAGAAGCUGCUGCUGCUGCUGCAAGGCGCUGUGCCGAAGUCCCACCAAAGCAGCAGCAGCAGCAGCAGCAGGAGGCGCCAGCGCGCCUCAAGAAACGAAGCAAAUCUCGUAGAAGUGUUUUGCGCUGAAUUUGGCUCCACCACGCCAGAGAUGCUUCAGCAGCAGCAGCAGCAGCAGCAGCAGCAGAUCUCUCUGGGAGUGUACGUUCGCUGCUGGAUGAGGCUUUUGGGGUGUCUGUUGUCGCUGCUGUUGCAGCACCGCGUUGCUGCAGCAGCAGCAGCAGCAGUAGCAAAGGCUGAGGCGAUUAUGCAGAAGCAGCAGGUCUCGUCAGCAGCCACUGCGGAGUACGUGGGGCUUCCUUUGGGGCUUGGUGCUGCAUGCGAGGGUUUAAAUCUUUGUCACAAAUUUGUGUUGGCCGAGUUGGUGCAGCACCUCAACUGCCUGAAGGGUUUCGCCCAAGUGCUUGCCGGCAUGUACUUUUGCGUCGAAGCCCCAAGCUCUAAACCACCCGAGUCAUCAAGCAUCAGCAGCACACCUUCUGAGGACCUGCUGUGCGGCAGUCUGCUGCCCGCAGCUGUAGGCCACAACGCGAACCUGAAGGCCGAUGAGCUGCAACUGCUGGACCUCUACCUUUCCCUUGCCGGACUAGGCUGGCGCAGAGAAGCACGUCCCCCAGAAACACCAGCAGCAGCAGCAACUGCUGCUGCAGCAGCAAAAGCAGUAGCAGCAGCAGCAGCUGCGCAGCGCCUUCACCAGGCGAAAGUGCAGGCGUUGCUGCUGCUCCCCAAGCAGCAGCAAGCCCAGCAGCAGCAGCAGCAGCAGCAGCUGGUGCCACGAAUUUCCUAA